UUGUUCUGCAUUUUGUUUUGUUGUCAACUUUCGUCGUCGAUGGUGUCGUUGUAUUUUUUGUAUUUUGUACCAACAAAAUAAGAGAAAAAAAAACAGCAAGCAAAAAGGUAUAUACUACUUGAACAUAUCUUUGAUCCGGUCGGAACAGCGCGCUUAGAAGUCAUUGGCCUAUAUUUGGGUAAUGCAAUUCAUUGUUUGCCAAUUGUCAAGGAGAGAUCUAUCAAAGACCCAAUAAGAAGAAGAAGAAGAAGAAGAAGAAAGAAAGAAGAAAAACAAAACGUUGUUGCAGGAGUUUGGUUGUUGUUGUGGAGAUUUUAUUUUGUGUGUGUUCGAGGGAACUUUGUGUCGUUGUUCAACAAACAUGACUAGCAAUACUCCAGCGGCUGAAUUGGAAGCCAUAACUGCUGUGGAAAAGGAAUUGGAUCGUGUUAUUAACAAAUUCUCGGAGAUACGUGAAAAUGCAGCGGCGGAAAUAAAUGAUGUUGCCUCAUUGUUGGAGGAGCUGUUACAGGUAUUGGCCCGGGCUGAGCAGGAAAUGACGGGAACCAUUAACACAGGCACCCAGGUGGAUGCGGAUGAUCACAUGACCGAUGAGGCAGAAAUGCUUGUUGAAAUGGAACCCUCCACUCCCCGCUUAACUGAUAGCCAAAUUUCAAUUAUCACUGAGGCUUUACAAAAAACCAACGAAAAAUUACAACGUCUCUCUAGCGAACAUCGAGAAUUACAUGGAGCCGUCUCAAAGGUGGGCAAAGUUAUUGAUCGCAAUUUCAUAUCGGAUUUUACGGCCACCACGAGGACAGAUGCCCUGCAGGAUGAGGAGAAUAUUAUGCUUUUGAACAAGGUUAUGGCAAAGCACUAUUGUCGCCAGGGUAUGGACGAUGUGGCCCAGUUGCUGAUUAAAGAAUCCAAAAUGCCCGAAGAUAUGGCCCGCGAGGUGUUCGAGUCGGAACGUAGCUUUGCCGAAAUCUUUCGCAUUUGGAAAGCCAUACAACAGCAUGAUUUAAGCUUGGCCUUGGAAUGGACUUCACGUUACUCCAAUGAGUUGAUUGCGAAAAAUUCAACUUUGGAAUUUAAGCUACAUCGUUUGGCAUUUUUGCAAAUUAUUUCGAAGGGCAUUAGCGCACAAGCAGAGGCCAUUGCCUAUGCACGUAAUAACUUCCAUAAGUUCAUUGAUCGUUUUGAGCAGGAAAUACCCAAUUUAAUGGGUUGUUUUAUAUAUUUGCCCACGGGCAUUGAGAAUUCGCCGUAUAAACAUUUGAUCUCGCCCGAAAUGUGGACUGAAGCUUCGUAUAUAUUUCUAAAAGAUGCCUGCCAUACUUUAGGUAUAAGUAAGAAUUCAGCCUUGUCGGUGGUCAUUAAUGCGGGCUGUACUGCAUUGCCGGCUUUGUUGAAUAUUAAACAGGUCAUGCAAUCCCGCCAAGUCCUUAAUAUAUGGAGUGGCCGCGACGAGUUGCCAAUUGAGAUUGAUUUGGAUCCCGAAUAUCGUUAUCACUCAAUAUUUGCAUGCCCCAUCCUAAGGCAACAGACCACAGAGGAUAAUCCACCCAAAAAGCUAACCUGUGGCCAUGUUAUAUCCAAUGAUGCCCUACACAAGUUAAGUAAUGGCCACAUACUCAAAUGUCCCUAUUGUCCAGUGGAACAAAAUGCCGAAGAGGCCGUCAGGAUUUAUUUUUAAAAGAAGGAAAAAAGAGACGUUUUUUUGUUCUACUACUUCUUCUUCUUCUUUAUAUUCGUAAUUUGUAGGCUUAGUCUUUAUUAUUAAAUAUUAUUGUAUCUAAAUAACCCAUGUUUUGCUAGCGAGUUGAUGCGAUAACCUGCUGUUGAGAGAAAAUGCCCAUUUCUUUUUCCUUUAUAUCCAAAAAAGAUUUUAAAUCGGGGGACGUUUAUAUCCCCCCCAUUCAAGAGCGAUAUAUAACAAAUAUAACAUAACACAAAAUAUAUAGGAAAGUAACCAGA